UUCUUCAUGGACCAACUCUCUUUCUUUGCCUUUCCCUUCCUUUCUUCACCUAUUCUUAUCCUAUAAGCAAUUUUAUAUAUGUAUCUGUAUAUCACUUGACAAGUUUAGAAAAGUCUAAUAAGAGGGUAUGAGUGAAACUCAAUUUUAUUCAUAAAUAUAUUAUAAGAAAAAAAAAAAAGAAAAAAAGGAACCAGGUAAGCAGGUUGGCAAAUGGAAAAAAGGACAAGGACCUUGUCUUCGUGUGUAUGAAUGGGAGAGAUUUGCUUAUAUUUGCUUGUUUGUUUGACAGUCUGUCAUCUCUCUUUCUUCUCUUAUAUAUAUUAUUAAUCUUCUUUCAUUCACAUUUACUUGUUUCUUUUUUCUGAGAAGAAGAGAGACCUGAGACAACCUUGGCUUCCACGCCAUGAGUCUCUUCGGCCUCGGUAGCAGAUUGCCUGUGAUAUGAGUUCUGACCAUGGUUCUUCUCUAAAUUCUGUGUUUCUAAUUGGGAAUUCUUGUUGUUGCCCUUUUACUAAUGAAGAAACCAGAAGACAUUUCGGCCUAAGAAGAAUGCUCCAUCUGGAAGCAAGGGUGCUCAACUUAAAAACCACAUAGAUGCUACCUUGGGUAGUGGGAACCUAAGAGAAGCGGUGCGACUGCCUCCUGGAGAAGAUAUCAAUGAGUGGCUGGCCGUUAACACUGUGGACUUUUUCAAUCAAGUGAACAUUCUAUAUGGAACUCUUACAGAGUUCUGCACAGCAUCAAACUGUCCAACAAUGACUGCAGGACCAAAAUAUGAGUAUAGAUGGGCUGAUGGAGUUACCAUCAAGAAACCGAUUGAGGUGUCUGCUCCAAAAUAUGUUGAAUAUCUGAUGGAUUGGAUUGAGUCUCAGCUAGAUGAUGAGAUGAUUUUCCCUCAAAAAUUGGGGGCACCUUUUCCACCAAAUUUCCGAGAUGUUGUAAAGACAAUCUUUAAGCGGUUGUUCCGAGUAUUUGCUCACAUCUACCAUGAGCAUUUUCAGAAGAUUGUGAGUUUGAAGGAAGAAGCUCAUCUUAAUACUUGCUUUAAGCAUUUUGUUCUCUUCACAUGGGAAUUUCACUUGAUUGAUAAAGGGGAGCUAGCACCUCUGCAAGACCUUGUUGAGUCUAUUCUGCAGUUAUAGUGUACUGUGAACCUCUUUCUUAAAGAUUUUAUCUUUCAGAUUGUCCAUGUAAUUUUUCUCCCUCCAUUUGUUGAUUAAUUAAUUAAUUAAUUUUUUUUUUUUUCAAUGAAGAGAAAUGCCCAUAAAAUGAAGAGAGAUUUUGGGUUCCAACUGUAUUGAAAUCCCUUCACGAGUUGCUACAUGCCUGAUAUUGAGGGCUUCUAAUUGCCAGGAUCUUUCGUUGAUUUGUGAUGGAUUUAUACCAAAGGAGUGAACUUUAUUUCUUUCUCUGCCA